AUGGGCUGGCCUGUGCUGCUCAGUGGUGCCUGCCCGUGGUGGCAGCUUUGCUUGCUGGGAAAGGUCAACUGCGGUGGUGGUGGGCACAUCCUGCACCUAGCACGCACACAGUCGCCGAUUCGCGCACUGUCGCAAAACCUGGCCAGCCCGCAGGUUUCCGCUUUGGAGGCCAGCCGAAUCUUAGUCCCUCGCAAAGUGGAUGCCCAGUGUAUCAACUGCGAAGGCUGA